AUGCACACCCUCGACGAUGUCUUGAAGCAUCUCGGAUCCCGUCGUCUCCGAGUUGCCACAAUGUGCUCCGGUACUGAGAGUCCUAUCCUCGCCAUGCACAUGAUCAAUGCUGCGCUCAAGAGUCAAGGGCCAUCUGAGUUGCUCUUCGACCACCUCUUCAGUGCUGAGAUCGUAGCUUGGAAGCAGGCUUACAUUGAAAGAUGUUUCCACCCUCCCAUCAUUUUUCGAGACAUCACCGAGAUCACAAACGCAGAGCAUGAUUUAGCUACCACCGCAUACGGCGGCCUCGCCAAGAUUCCUGGCAACAUCGAUAUCCUUAUCGCUGGCACCGCUUGCGUUGAUUUCUCAAAGCUUAACAACAAGCAAAAGCAGUUGAACGAGAGCGGAGAAUCCGGUGACACGUUCAAUGCUGUCUUGAAGUAUGCUGAGAGAUACCAUCCACGCAUCCUUAUACUCGAGAAUGUUCACGGAGCUCCAUGGAACGACAUGCUUGCAGCAUACGAGAACAUCGGCUAUGUUUCGGCAGGAGUUCUAGUUGACACCAAGAACUUCUAUCUCCCACAGACCAGACAAAGAGGCUACAUGGUAUGCUACCGUUUUGAAGAUCUGCAGAAGGCCUACAGAGACCCAGGUGCUGUCAAAGACGAGUUUUACAAUCGCAUGCAAGACUUCAGGCGCCAAGCCAGCUCGCCCGUCUCAUCUUUUCUUCUUCCCAGCGAUGACCCGAUCGUUGUUCGCGCAAAGAGUCUCCUGGCUCGACAGUCUUCGCUCGAUGGUCCUAUCAGGGAACACGACUGGGCGCUGUGCGAAAUUCGUCACAUCAGAUACCGCAGAGAGCACGAUCUAGGUGUCGAUCGUCCAUUGACUCAAUGGCAAGAGAGUGGUACGCUCAAUCUCCCUGAGUACGCGAACAAGAGUUGGUUCCGUAAGCAGGUUGAGAGGGUCUGGGAUUUCGUGGACAUGUCAAUGCUCCGUAAGGCUCAUCACUCAGACUACGAUGUCCAGUACAAGACUCGCAUUUGGGAUGUUUCACAGAACAUCGACCGUUUUGUUGAUACUGUGCCUUUCGGCAUCGCCCCUUGCCUGACUCCUUCCGGCAACUUCUACGUUACGGAUCGUGGGGGUCCACUGGCGAACGUGGAAACCUUGAUUCUUCAAGGAUUGCCGCUCCACAUGAUCUCCUUUACUACCGAAACUGAGAAGAACAUCCAAGAUCUGGCCGGCAAUGCGAUGAGUACCCCUGUUGUGGGCUCCGCUAUUGCGUCUGCCCUUAUCUCGGCUUUCAAGAUCUUGGAGAAAGGCCACAGCGGUCCCCAAGAAGCUCAGGAGGCUGCCUUCAAGAGCAAGAUUGAGAGACUAGAGCUCGUGGACAGAUCCCAAGCAACUCUUUUGACACCCAUCAGCUUACAAAAUUUGCUAGACAAUGCCAAUAAAUCUGCUAGCAAGUGCGUCUGUGAGGGCCAGUUGGAGUUGACUCAAAAGUCCAUCCAAGAGUGCGGCGAAUGCGGUCACAUCUCCUGCAUACAAUGUGGUGUAAAACCCACCCACGAGUACCAGGCACCUUCUACCCAUGCGCGUAUUCACCCUCAAACUUUCGUGCAGAGUUGGAGAUCGAAGCUGCCUAUGGUGUUGCGGCUCCACUUGGAACUUCACGUUGCUACUCUCCGUGCGCACAUGGAAACCACCCUCCACGAGUCUGAGAAGGUGGUUGACAAGUACAUUGAGGCAGUCAACAACACCAUCAAGGAUCCGCUUACCUUCAGUCGUUUCAGAAGAGGAGCUUCGUGGGUUGCUUCUUAUGAUUCCAGAUUCGCUCGUCUCGAUCUGGUCUUGGAUCCUGACAAGCCGGAGUGGAAGCUCUACACAAAGGCUGGGGAUGCCCUAUGGGGUGAAAGCGAGCUCCACAGUCUGCGCGACUUUUUCAAGGAGCCCAUCGCGAAGUGUGCAGUCACCCACGAUGCUUUCUAUGGGAGCGACUGGUCUUGGAGAGUCUACGAAAAUCCUUCGACCAAGUUGACGAUCGAAGGCAAGGGCCUUGAAGUCCCCUCUUGGGCCGCCCGUCUUGGAAUUCCCGCAAAGACGAACGAGAGGGUCUACCCUGAGUUGGUCGUUGCAAGUGAAGAGAAGUCGUACGAAGGUAUCGUAGGAAUUUACAAGCUUCUACGCAAGUGCGGCACUGCCUGCGAGUCUCUUUACAAGAGAGAGCAGUCUGUCAAUGCCUCGAAUAUGUUUUUGUUCCUGGACCCUACUCGCAUCGGCCGUCCUGAGUUCGACUGUUUUGUCUUCGCAUUUGAUCCUUCGAAGCUUGAGUACGACCAGAUCAGAGAAGUUGUUGCUCGUGUCGAUGCCGUUUGGAGACCCGAAGAUGUGGUGAAGCAGAACGGCAUGCAAGUGGAAGUCGCUUUAAACGGCACAUGGAUAAAGAAAAGCCUUGUGUCUCUCCGCCCUCUGGAUCUCAAGUCGCAAUUCUCAAUCACCAGACAAUCUGUGGUCAAUAAUGAUUGUCAAGUUGCAAAGACUGCGGCCUCUCUCACUCUUGAACUGCCUUUCUCCAAUGUCAACGAGAAGUUUAAGGGACACCAUCAAGUCCAACCUGAUGACAAAAUCUUCUUUGACACUUUUGGCUGGGCCUUGGAGCCGCUUCGCGGAGACGUGUAUCUACCAGGCGACAGAGGUAUUUCCGGUGACCUCGAAUGCAAAGAGUGCGCACCUCAACUGCCACAGAUUCGUUGGCAUCUCACUACCUUUAAGGCAAAGUAUGAGUUGCACGCGCAUGAAGACCAGCAGUCUGCCUCCAAGUAUGAGACAAACGUCAAGGCUCGUCCAUCGGCUUUCGUCAUGGAAUGCAACAUUGAUGGCAGAUCCUUUACGACCACUAUCAGCCUGAAUGUCUUGACCCUGUGUCAGCGAGCAGUUGGGAAGCUUUUCAGACUUACCACCAGCCCUCACCAUUCUGUUUGUUGGAAUCUGAAUACUCAGUGGUCUGAUCAGCCUGUUGCAAAGCCUCCGUCCUUUAUCCUCCACAGUAACGUGGACGGCGAGCCUUACACGGCAAAGGCUCUUAAGGAUAUCGAGUUGUUCCCCAAGCAGCAGAGGUCGCUUUCGUGGAUGCUGAAGCAGGAAGAAGAAGCAGGCCAAGUAUUCACCAUUGAGGAGUUUGAGGAAGCCAUGUUGCCAUACCUUGGCUGGCGUCUUGAGGCAAAGGCCUCUUCCAAAGUUCAUGUGAGAGGUGGCAUUCUUGCCGAUCACGCUGGUUUUGGCAAGACUAUCACCUCGCUUGCGCUCAUAAACAUGGAAUGGGAACGCGAGAGGACGGCCUCCAACAUCAUCCAGAAGAUGAGCAACCUGCCGAACGACAAUCCGGAACAAGUCAUGCCUGAGAAACUCGCGGCCACCCUUGUUGUCUGUCCUCCCACACUUGUGAAGCAAUGGGCAGAAGAAGCCGAUAAGCAUCUGUCCGAUCCACUCGCGAGCAGCAUCAUCAAGAUUCGAACCUUUGCUGAUCUCAAGAAGUUGUCGAUGAGAGAUUUUAGGGAUGCCCGAAUAAUCAUUGUAAACGACAAUGUCAUUCAAAGCGAAAAGUGUCAAGCAUAUUACCAACGACUUGCAGCAUUCGCUGCAAUGCCUGAGUAUGUCACUAAUGGAUCACGGGCUACUCAAGAUUGGCUCCAGAAGGCUUCAUCACGCGUUCCUGCUCAUCUGAAGAUCUUCGAAGAACAAGGUGCUGAUUUUUUGAGCCACCAUCUUGAUGAGCUUUACGAUAAGACUGAGGACGACCCAGUGUAUACAAAAUUCGCGGAACAGUCCAAGCGUCUCAAGGGAAUCAAAUACACCAAGGCUAAACAGAAGGGACACCAGCAAAGACAGACCAAGGCUGAAUCGAAAGACGAGCAGGAGCUUAAGAAGCAGGCUUCGCAACGAUACAAGUUCAAGAAGGCAGACCUCACCAAGUGUGUGCUCUUCGAGAUGUUCCACUUCAACCGUCUGAUCGUUGACGAAUUCUCAUACUUGGGCGGUAAAGAACUUAUCGUUUACUGCAACAUCAAGGCGGACAAGCGCUGGGCGCUCUCGGCCACACCUCAGCUAAAAGACACGUUUGAUGUUUCGAGUAUGGCUCGUCUCCUUGGUAUCAACUUGCCCAUAGGAGCUAACGCACCCGGACUCUUGUCAAGUGCAAACCUGGCGACUUUGAGAAAGGAUAUGACCAAUGUGGAGGAGUUUGAAACAUUCCGAGAGCUGCCCUCGACUCUCAUCCAGCAACAAGUCUAUGCUCUUUCCCAGAAGUUUCUCGACACUUUCGUUCGCCGAAAUGUGAUGAGUGCCGGCGAGCUAGCCUACCAAGAUCAUAUGGUACCCAUCAAAUUGUUCGCCGACCACCGCCUGGCAUAUACCGAUCUUUCUCGCCAGUUGAAUGAGCAAGACAUGAGAAUCAAGCGAGGCGAUUCAAAGGGUCGCUUGAGUUGCGUGCCCAAGGCCACGAAUGCGGAAGAAGCUCUCGCUCGUACUGCUGCGACGUAUCAUGCGAAUACCUUAGAGACCAAGACAGGACUCAAAGCUCUGGUCAAGCAAUGCGCAACUAAAUUGGAGGAUGCGGGCAACACGCUCCGAGACGGUCUCACGAUAUGUCGUAAGUACGAAGAGAGCACUGGACAGGAUUUGUUCAAACCAUGGGUCAAGAAUGUCCUGGAAAACAAUACCUUCAAGGACCGAUCGAUUGCUCUCAACAUCGUGUCACUAUACGACGGUUCCGGACAUACAGGAAAAAAGAGAAAGCGCAAGCAAGUCAAGAAGAAGGCCCCCAAGAAAGAAAAGAAGACUGCAGCCGAGAAGAAGCGCGAGGCGGAGGAGAAGAAGGAGCUCAUCAACCAACACAGCAAAGCCGUUGGUUAUGCCAAAGCCUACGCAUCUGCUCAGAAGACUCUCCGCUUCGUGGAGAGCGCUGCAAAGUAUGUGGCCGAUGCGGAGUCUACCCGCUGUGGAGGCGCACAAUGCGAAUCUGGUCAUGUCAAGUCCGAGAACCUUGCGUUGUCGGCAGCGUGCGGUCACGUCAUUUGUAAAGCCUGCUAUGAGAGCUCAAGGGAUGAACUCGGGACUUGCCCCUGUGCUGGCUGCUCUGCUGUUAUUCUGUCUUACCAUCUCCUCCAUCUCAACAAGCUUGGAGAGUCUAGAGCAAGCAAGUAUGGCAAAAGAGCCGAACAGCUUAUUGACAUCUUGAAUAAAGUUGAAGAAAACGAUGAUCAGGCUAUCUUGUUCGUCCAGUCCGACGACCUGAUCGAAGAAGCCUCCAACAUUCUCAAGGCCGCAGAUAUUUCCCAUCACAUAACCAAGUCAAGCUCUUCCAAAAACUCUGCCAGGAACGUCGACAACGCGGAGGCGAUUGGGAGGUUCCAGAACGACAAAGGCGAGAAGAAGAAGACGGUGCUGCUCUUGAAUUCUUUAGAUGUCUCAGCCGCCGGCACAAACCUCACCAACGCCAAUCAUGUCAUUUUCUUCUCCCCCCUUCCGGCUCUCACGCAGUACGAGUACGAGUCACAGAUGGCGCAAGGCAUUGGUCGUGUGCGCCGUCCGGGCCAGAACAAGUCCAUUCACGUCUACCGCAUCAUCGCCUUGGACACCAUUGAUGUCGACGUUUUGGAGCAGCGCGAGCGCGGUACCAGAGUCCUUUAUGACCAGCAAGACACCGACGCAUCCGAGAUGCAGGUUGUCGGCCGCGAUUUUGAGGGAGCCGUUGGCGGCGAGCUCCAGAAGCCCGACAAGAUGCAAUUGAUUCGAGACAAGGAUGGAAGAAUUAAGCUCGUGCCCAGAACGAUGCUUCUUCAUCGCGCCAUCGAGGAUGGAGAGGAUCACAUCUACGAGGGCGGCAACCGCAUCUUGGGCUAUGAGAAGUUCAACUCUCUUAUCAAGUUUUCGAGACACUACACCGACGAGGAUGAUUGA